AUGAAAAUAUGCCAGUGAGUAACACUUCUACACAGAUUUACCAGGCUUCGAAGCCCAUGUCUUCCCCGGACUUCCCUCCCACGGGAGGCUGGCCGCAGCGGCAGGAAGGAGGAGGGAUCAAAGCCUCUCUAGAACUGCUUCACGAAAAAAUCAACGAGAUGAAAGCCGUGUUCGACUCUCUGGAGGACAAGUUGCAGGCCCUGGCGUCUGAACUGAAGUCCGGAUUCACCGAAGCCAUGCAGGAACUCUCGAGAAUUCAGCACGGAGAGUACGCCCUGGAAGAGAAAGUCAAAAGCUGCCGAUGCACCAUGGAAGAGAAAGUGGCAGAGAUGAAGAAUUCCUUGAACUAUUUCAAGGAGGAGCUCAGCAACGCCAUGUCAAUGAUUCAGGCCAUCACAAGCAAACAGGAAGAAAUGCAGCAGAAAAUCGAGCAGCUUCAGCAAGAGAAACGGAGGGAAUCUCGGAAAGUCAAAGCCAAGAAAACCCAGAAGGAAGAGCACGCGGCCCAAGCCGGGCCGGCGCAGGUCCCAGGCAGCCCCUUUCGAUCGAUCAAUAUCCCCGAACCCGUGCUGGCUGGCGAGGACUUCACCAACGUCGGCCCCGGCCAGGCCUAUGAGAAAGCUCCAGAAUCCAGGGCGACCCAGGCUGGAGACGGGAACGUGAAAUCCAUGAUGGGGCCCGGCGGGAGCGUGGCGACCCCCGAAAUGGAAGAAGGCCUCAAGUCCUGCUUGGCUGUCGAUGUGCAGCCCAAGGGUCACCUGGCAGCCGGCGUGUGGAGGCAGCCCAAGGAGAGUAAAGACUGGAGCGAGGAGUACGUCUCCAAGGACCACCCGGACAAGCUGAAGGACGUUGGCCAGAGCAGGCACAGCAGCUUGGAAAACGUCUUAUGUGAAACUUCGUUGUCGGCCAAAAGGCAAACGGUGGCCCUGGACUUGCUUGAAUCCGAAAGAAAGUACGUCAUCAACAUCUCGCUGAUCCUAAAGAUUAAAGCCACGUUCCAGGGAUCUGAUGGGAAGAGAAACACCAAGGAGAGAAGUUUCUUCCCUGGAUCUUUGCGCUACCUUGUCCAGCAGCACCUGGAUUUAUUGCACGCCCUGCAGGAGAGGGUCCUGAGGUGGCCGCGGCAAGGAGUCCUGGGGGAUCUGUUCCUUAAGCUGACCAACGACGAAAAUAAUUUCUUGGAUUACUAUGUGGCUUACCUGAAGGAUCUUCCUGAAUGCAUCUCCCUUGUCCAUGUGGUGAUCCUGAAGGAGGCCGAAGAAGAGGUUAAAUCUGAUCUCUACACCCUGUUCUUUCAUAUAGUCCAGCGCAUCCCAGAAUAUCUUAUUCACCUGCAGAACGUCCUGAAGUUCACGGAGCAGGAGCAUCCAGACUAUUACCUGCUGCUGGUGUGUGUCCAGCGCCUCCGGGUCUUCAUCUCCCACUACACCCUCCUCUUUCAGUGCAACGAAGAUCUGCUCAUACAGAAGCGGAAAAAACUCAAGAAAUCGUCCAUGGUGAAGCUGUACAAAGGCCUGGCUUCGCAGUGUGCCAACCCCAGCCACGAGCUCUCCCCGGGGCCCGGGCCGGGCCCCGGGCCCGGCCCCGACGCCCUCCGCGAUGGCGGGAUACACGCUGAAGAGAUGCUGCCGCCCUACCCUUCCUCCAGCAGCGCUGGCCCCGCCGCCACACAUCUGAUGUCCCAAGUGAAGAAAACCCAACAGGCCCUGAUGGAGAACGUCGCGCCCACGAAGCCGUGCGAGUGGGAGGCCGAGGGCCGGAGGGCGGAGAGGCCCGAGAGCGCCCCGGCCCUGUUUUGCAGCCCCGAGCAGGAGCUGAAGGGUCUCUCGGUGCCCUUGCAGGCCAUCCCGGAGAUGGACUACGAUUCCGCCGGGCCGGGCCCCGCCGAGAGGGCCUCCCGCUCGGCCGCCAACCUCCUCUCGGACGCCCGCGCCUUCGUCCCCGGCUACGAGGAGUUCGACUACGGGGGCGAGCUCUUCGCGCUGCCCGCGCCCUACGAGGACGAGCCCUUCCAGAACCUGGCCCUGUUUGAAAACUGCUCCCCCGCCUCAUCCGAGUCCAGCCUGGACAUCUGCUUCCUCCGGCCGGUCAGCUUCACCCUGGACCCCGACCGGGCCGAGCAUCCGCUGCAGCCCCUGCCCAAGAGUGCCACUUCCCCGGCGGGCAGCAGCACGUACAAGCACGAGCCGCCGCCGGGCAAGAGCAAGCCCCUGAGCCGUUCCCUGAAGGAGUUCCCGCGGGCCUCGGAGGGCGUGGGUGCCCGGCUGUACAGCGCCCGCAGCAGCAGCGGCAGUCGGCUGCCCGCCAAGCCGGACCGGAGCGUCCAGCCCCACGGAGGCGCGGGCGCCGCCCUGCCUCGGAGCUCCCCAAGGAACUUCUUCCCCCAACAGAGGUCCCAAAGCGAAAAACAGACCUAUUUGGAAGUAAGGAGGGAGUUACAUGUAGAAGACACCACCAGAUUCUGCCCGAAGGAAGAGAGAGAAAGCGAACAAACCUCAUUCAGCGACCAAAACCCCAGGCAAGACCAGAAAGGGGGCUUUCGCAGCUCCUUCCGCAAGCUCUUUAAAAAGAAGUUUACCCUGUCUAGACUCUGCUGGAGAGGCCUAGAGAUGCAUCUGAAAAAUUAAAGGAUUCAUAAUCCAGAGGAGUUAAGUGUGUCUGGUAUUCCAUUAUGCCAGGGAACUAUCCAAGGCUACACAACGGCCGUGAUGCUGGGAUGCAGAAUAACCCGUCCCGUUUCCUUCCCUGCGCUGGGGAUUAGUAAUCUGACGUCUGCCAACAGCGUCCCUGACCCUUGGGCGGCAGACGGCCCGGGGCUUAAGUCUCCUCGAAGAACCCGAAGUGACGUUUAAAAUCUGGCUGCCGAGCGGGUAAUCCGUGGCCGACCACGGACAUGGCCUUAUUGACGGUAACGGUCAGGGCUGUUAGAACAUCGAGCGUAUAACAGAUGCCGAGGGGCCGAUUGUAACUCCUUGGGCGCGGGAGACAGAGUGGCUUGGUUUUGACCCAUGGAGAACGUAUUCAGUGGGGUUGUGGGAGCCGUGAGAGCUGAGAUACCUAGAGCUCGGAUGGCCCGAGAGCUUACGAUACGCGUUCUAGUCCCAGGGCUGGUUUUCCGGCUUCCUGCCCAGAACCUCAGUUGUUCAGACAGCCCGGCCCCAGAGAGGCCUUUUUUCUAGCCAGCCGCCCGCUGUCUCAGGCAUCAACAUACGCGAGACGGUUCAAAGCUGGAAUGGAGGCGGCAGAUACCCGGGAGAUUGGAAGAAAGCACCCUCGUCCGCUUGGGGAAUCUGACUGGACUCAUUGGAAUCGCUGAUAAAUUGGCCGGUCCCUUCUCAUCCGUGUGGUCGAGAUACGGUGUACCCUCGUGCCGACUGCUGUACUCCCCUCUCCCCUUCUUUUUCUUUCUUUCUUUCUCUCUCUCUCUCCCCUCUAUCCUGUGUAGCACACAUGCAUGGCCAUCUUCAAUAAAUCUUUCUUUUC